AUGCUUCGCGGCGUUUGCAUCCUCCUCGCCCUCCGCGCCGGCGCGGCCGAGCCCAACAGCGAUGGGGUGCCGACUUGCGCCAAGAAGGGCGUCACUUACGUGAGCGACGUCAAGAGCACCCCCAAUGCCGCCUGGCUCUACACCCCGAAGAUGUGCCAGAUGGCCUGCUACAUCAACCCAACCUGCAAGCAUUUCUCGUGGAAGGAGGACUCUUUCCCCGGCGGUGCCUGCAACCUUCUGGGAGAGGAUGUGCAGGAGAAGGUCGAUGAGAAGUCGUACAGCGGGCCAAAGGCCUGUGCGGGUGAGACCCCAGUGAACGCAGCGUCGAUAACCAAUGCUGCGAGCAAUGUCGGCAACACGCUGAACCAAUUUGGCAAGGAUCUUUUCCAGAAGGCAAACGAGGCUGGCAGCCAGUUGACCAGCCACAUCACCAACCAGCUGAACCAGGCCGGGCAGGACAUGGACAAGUUUGGAAAGGAUUUGACCCAGAAGAUGAAUCAAGCCAGCAGUGACCUGAACCAGAAGGCAAAUGAGUUCCAGACCCAGGUCAACCAAGCUGGCCAGGAUCUCACCCAGCAGGCAAAUCAGGCCGUCAACGAUCUGACCCAGAUGGCCAAUCAGGCCCACAGUGACCUGACCCAGAAGACACAGGAGUUGAACAGCGGCGCCAACGACUUGCAACAGCAGCUCGACCAGUUUGGAAAGGAUUUGACCCAGAAGGCCAAUCAAGCAAGCGCUGGCCUGAGCAGUGAUUUGAGCCAGAAGGCAAAGGAGUUCCAGAGCCAGGUCAACCAGUUCCAGCAGGAAGUGGGCCAGCAGGCAAAUAAGGUUGCGAACGAUGUGGCCCAGCAGACCAAUCAGGCCAGCAGUGCCCUGAGCCAGAAGGCAAAUGAGCUUAACAGCCAGGCCAACCAGCUCGGGCAGGAUCUGACCCAGCAGGUCAAUCAGGUUGGGGACACUCUGACCCAGAAGGCCAAUCAGGCCGGCAGCGACCUGAGCCAGAAGGCAGACGAGCUCAACGGCCAGGUCAAUCAGCAGGCCAGCCAGGUCGGUAGCUCGCUGAACCAGCUCGGGCAGGAUCUGACCAAUCAGGCCAAUCAAGUUGGGGAUGCUCUGACCCAGAAGGUCAAUCAAGCCAGCAGUGAGCUGAACCAGAAGGCCAAUGAGAUCCAGGGCCAGGUCGACCAAGUCGGCCAGGAUCUCACCCAGCAGGCAAAUCAGGCCGCCAACGAUCUGACCAAGCAGGCCAAUCAGGUCAGCAGCGACCUGACCCAGAAGGCAAAGGAGUUCAACAGCAACGGCCUCGAUUUGCAACAACAACUCAAUCAAGCAAGCGCUGGCCUGAGCAGUGAUUUGAGCCAGAAGGCAAAGGAGUUGCAGAGCCAUGUCAGCCAGUUGCAGCAGGAAGUGGGCCAGAAGGCAAACCAGAUUGCGGACGAUGUGGCCCAGCAGGCCAAUCAGGCCAGCAGUGCCCUGAGCCAGAAGGCAAAGGAGUUCAACAGCCAGGCCAACGAGCUCAAACAGGAUCUGACCCAACAGGCCAAUCAGGUUGGGGACACUCUGACCCAGAAGGCAAAUCAGGUCAGCAGCGACCUGAGCCAGGAGGCCGACAACAUCCACAGCGACGUCAAUCAGCAGGCAAUGAAGGUCGGCAGCGCGCUGAACCAGCAGGUCAAGACGGCAUCCGCCAACCUGGGAGCGGCGCCAGCGGCUCUGGGCGCCUCUCUGGGCGCCUCGCUGGACCAGGCCGGCAGCGACUUGACACAGACGGCCAACGACGCGAUGCAGUCUGCGGGAGUGCAGGCCAAGGAGGCCGCCGACCAGAUGGGCGAGAAAGCCAACGAGAUCCUCGGCUCCGCUCCGGGCAGCUCGGGUGGCGGUGGCGACAACACCAUGACUUACGGCGUGCUCGGGGCCAUCGCUGGGGCCUUUGCUAUCGCGGGCGGUGCCUAUUUCUUGACCGGAGAUGAGAAGAAAAAGAAGAAGAAGUCCAAGCGUGCUGUCAGCGUGGACGCGGCGCCCAUGAUCGAGGAAGCGCCGGCGGUGCCGCAGCCACAGGUCACUUCACCACGGGCCUUCCCGCAGCAGUUCCAGAACCAGAUCCAAAACGUGAUGGCCUACGCCGGCCAGCAGAUGCAGCAGAUUCAGCAGAGGGUGCCUGUGCCACAAUAUUAUCAGCAGGUGCCGCAGCAAACCCAGGUGGCCCAGGCCUACCAGCCUGCCGCCGCCUACCAGCCUGCCACCUACCAGCCCGCGACCUACCAGAGCGGCUACCAGGUCCCAAUGGCGUGA